AUGAUUGGUGAACGAAUUGAAAGUGGAAUUAAGGCUGGUAGAAUACAGAAUCCAAGUGCUGCUAGUUCCUCCUCUGGGGCUGGUGAAAGAAGCCAUACAAUGGGUUUUGCCAAAAAGAGAGAAGGUGAGACUAGUGCUGCUUACUAUGGUGGGGGCAGAAAUCAGGCUUAUCAACAAGUAGCCGCUGUGACUAUACCAAAUGCUCCUUUCCAACAUCAACAACAAGGGUAUCCGCCGCGUCAGUAUCAGCAAAGGCCGAAAUUGCCAGAAAGGGUUUUUGAUCCGAUCCCGAUGACUUGGGAUGCCAAUGCAAGAUGUGAGUACCAUUCUGGGUCACCUGGACAUAAUAUUGAGAACUGUAAAGCAUUGAAGCAUAAAGUCCAGGAUCUUCUCGACUCUAAAGCCAUCGAGUUUACUCCUACUCAAGGACCUAAUGUUGUUCAGAAUCCUAUGCCUCCCCAUGGAACUCAUGCAGCAAAUGCUAUUGAGGUUGUUGAAGAUGCUCACCUGGUCAAGGAUGUGAUCGAAUUGGGUUCAUUGUUGCCAUUAUUGAAGAAGGAAUUGUUGAGGAUGAGUCUAUACGUUAGUUGUGGAGAAUUCUGUACUGAUUGCAUGGUCACUUCCUCAGUUUGUGAUAAGGUGAAAGGUGGGAUUCAACAGUUGAUGGAUAGUGGGUAUCUACAGUUUGAGCGUGUGCGACGUCCUGAAAUGGUUGAAAACGCAGUUAAUGUGGCAUCCAUCCCGUAUACUCCUGCCAAGAUUCCAAUUCCUGCCAGAGCACCUCCUUUGGUUAUUACACUUCCUGGUCCCGUCCCAUAUAACAGUGAAAAAGCAAUUCCAUGGAAUUAUGGGGGAGAAGUUUUCUACCAAGGGGCCAAGUAUGAGGUUAAAGCGCCGGUUGAGAAAGAAGAUGUUAAUAAUGUUGUGGGCAUUGGAAGAAUGACGAGAAGUGGUCGUAUUUUCAAUCCUACCCAGAAUACUCGCGAUGAUAAUACAGAAGCUCUAGCUCAGGCAAAAGGGAAAAGAGUGGUAGAAGAUACAGUGGAUCAGGGGCAAAGCUCUAAUUCUGAAGAUACUGUGGCCAAAGAAAUGGAAGAGUUCCUAAAGAUCAUCAAGAAAAUUGCUCUUGUGUUCGGAGACACGUCGAAAUGCUUUAUUGAGGCUUCUAAGUACUCGCCUUUGUCCCCCCAGAAAAUCUCAGUGAAUCAACUUGAAGGAGUGGUGUCAAACAUCAACGCUGGUAAUGGAUUGGGAUUCACCGAUGCAGAUUUGCCUUCCGAAGGUAGAAACCACAAUAGAGCUUUGCAUAUAUCAGUGGAGUGUAAAGGGACUAUGUUAUCACGUGUUCUCGUGGAUAAUGGAUCUUCUUUGAAUGUAUUACCUAAAUCAUCUAUGAUGAGGCUAGAUUAUUCUAGUGUUGAGAUAAGGCCGAGUGAAUUGACGGUGAGAGCCUUUGAUGGAUCAAAGAGGUCAGUGUUUGGGGAGGUUAACUUGCCGAUAAUGAUAGGCCCUCAGCUUUUCACUAUUACUUUCUUUGUGAUGGAUAUCCACCCGUCUUACAGUUGUCUCCUGGGACGUCCAUGGAUCCAUGCCGCUGGGGCCGUGACUUCCACAUUGCAUCAGAAACUCAAAUUCGCGACUCAAGGAAAGAUAGUCACAAUAUGUGGGGAGGAAGAACACGUGGAAGCUAAAGCUGUGGUUGAAUCUGGUCGUCCUGAAGGAUGGGGCCGAAUCUUGGAUUUGCCAAUCAAGCAAGAUAAAUGUGGGAUUGGAUAUCAGUUGGGCCAGAGUUCAUCUAAUGGGGCCCCCAAGAAGCCUGUAACCUUUGUUCCAAUCAAGUUCUCUAGUGCUGGCAUUGUCAAGGAUCAUAUUUGUGCUGCUGAUGACAAUAUGGAUAGCGAUUAUGACAUUGAAGAAUGGAUCAAGCCGUGUGUCCCGGGACAUAAGCUUCUCAACUGGUCAUCUGAAGACAUCAUCUCAAUUGCUCUUGAUCAAAAGUUACCUCUUAAAGAAAACUCUCCGCCUGUCAAACAGAAACUCAGGAGAACACGUCCUGACAUGUCCAAGAAAAUCCAGGAAGAGGUUCAGAAACAGUUUGAUGCAGGUUUUCUUGUUGUAACAGUUUAUCCACCAUGGGUUGCCAAUAUUGUACAUGUACCUAAGAAAGAUGGGAAAUCUAUGUACUUUGAGUUUCCUGAUGAGGAUAUAAUGUGUGUGGGAGAGACUUCCGAGAGUCAAGAUCAAGAGGAAAGACCUGAACCAGAGGCGCGAUGGACGCUCGGUGUUCGAUGGUGCCUCCAAUGCGUUGGGUAA